GAGGAGUCGGAGCGGCCGGAGGAUUUUACGGCUGUGGCGUGCCGGAAAGUGCGUGAGUGCAGCGCCUGGGCGUUUUAUUCCGUUUUCCGGGUCCUGGGGUGUGGAGGCGGUGAAGUUUGCUCUGGGCGAGGACCACCGGCUGUGGGAAAGGGUUUGUAAGCGUCUUCCAACGUUGACAGUCCGUCUUCCUAUUUCCCUAGAGUGGUUGGGGCGAGGCCUGUGCGGGUUUCGAGAAGGGGGCCGCCGGCCACAGAGCUGGGUCAGGUGACGGAUACCGGGCCGGCGGCCUGGGCCUCAGCAGCUCAGGCCAGCGGGGGCGGGGCUCGGCUGGCGGUUUAGACAAAGAGGUAAAUAAGUUGGCUUCCAGAGGGUUGGUUAUUUUGAAACUGACCUUCGGAUUCUUCUCCCUGGACAUGGUUCUGUUUACUGUCUGGGCAAGGUGUAUGCCGUUUGUUUUUUUGUUUUUUUUCUAGGAGCUCUAAACAAGAAGUGGUAAUGGUUGGAGGCAAUUCCUGGGUAAAUUAUACCUACAGAAAUCCAGAUUGUGUGGUAGCUAUGACAUCUCAUCUCCAGAUCUCUGGCAGCAAAAUAAAAACAUCUUAACGUCGACUUCAUAUAGAGUUCUGAAGCUGUUUGCAAAUCCUCAGAAGUUUGGAAGACUUGUCUGACGAAUCUGACCAGCCCAGAAGGAUCGGCCUAAGAUACUGACAUCAGAGGUUCUCCCGCAAAGGGCCGACUCACAUCAUCCUCAAUGAAGCUCCGUCUCUAAGCUGCAACCAUGUAUACAGAUCUUUUAAAAAACUUUUCUGUCCUUUCACUUAUAAGAAUGGACAGAAAAGUAUUACGUUUUCUAGAGGAAAGCUCAGAAGUGAUAUAAAAGCAGAAAAACAGCAAUUUGGAGGAAAACAACAGAAAAUUGCAUGAAAGCUGAUACUAAUGAACUCAGAAAAAAGUUGUUCUGCUACAUUGUACGCUAGUUACUUGAAUUAGUUCACAUUAUUAGUAAAUAGGGGAAGCAUACGGGCAUUAAUUUGGACAUAAUUCUGUGAGAACAGGUAUCUUACCUGACAUGUUCAUAGCUACACCUCAGUGCCUGGAAUGUCAAAGUGCUCAGUAACAUUUACUGGAUGAGAAAGAAAAAGGUAUAUAUAUUAUAUAUAAAAGUGGAUGCUUUCCAUGAUAAAUGAAAAUGGCUAAUUCUUUAAGAGGAGAAGUACUGAAUCUUUAUAAAAAUCUGCUGUAUCUUGGACGAGACUAUCCAAAAGGAGCAGACUAUUUUAAAAGGCGUCUGAAGAAUGUUUUCCUUAAAAACAAAGAUGUGAAGGACCCAGAGAAGAUCAGAGAACUUAUUGGACGGGGCAAAUUUGUAAUGAAAGAACUAGAAGCAUUAUACUUCCUUAGGAAAUACAGAGCUAUGAAACAACGCUAUUAUUCAGAUACUAACUGAUCCCUAUGACUAAUUUGACAGAAAACCAGUGCCAGCUGUUCAUAUAUCCCAGAUACUACAAAAAUAAUUCUUACUUAAAAUGUCAAGAUACACACUGUGUAACAAAUACCUGAGCUGCCUUAAUGAACUAAAAUAUGUUUCAACUUCUAUACAUAAUGAGAGCUUUAUCAGUAGCCUUUAUGCUCAGUUUUUAUACUAAAAUAGCAGUUUAGCCGUAUGUAGCCGACUACCAGUUAAAAAUUGAUGAGUAUCCAAUUUUGAAUGACAAUACAAUGUAAUUUUUAGUUAAUAAAAUUUUGCCAUUUAUUCUUACCCCUUCAUUUUACUGAAAAGAGAAUGCCAUUUAAUGCACAUUUAAGUAAAGCAAAAUGAUUUCUCACAAAUUUAUUCCUCUGAACUUUUGAGGGAGUUCCUCAUUCUGAACCCCAUUUGGUACAUUAAUAGCACGUAUUCAAGGUUCACUGGAAAAGAAAUAGCAUCUGGUAAUGAUUUCGGUGCAGUUAAAAUAAUAUGUAUAGAGAGUUAAGAUCACUUCUGGACUCAAAAUAGCCUGCCAGCAGUUGGCAUUACAUAUAUACCUAUUUAAUUAUUUCCAUUAUUAAUUUUGCUACUGGCUCCCUCUGGGCCCUAAAACAAGGUGUAUCAAUUACCUUCUUUAAUAAAAAUAAAUAAUGUUAUACUGUU